AAUGUGCCGGACUAUCAUGGGGGCGCUUCUUUUUUUGUGGACAAAAAGUUAACAGUUAGUGAAAACCACGAAGACACGGCUACAGUAGUCCGCAUAUCAAAAUAGUGCUGACGCGCGAGGCUUCCUGGUUUCUGGAAAGUUUUACAGGUGAUUUCUCAACCGUCAGGCAGGUAUGCCGGAAACUCCGAAAGCCCCUGGUCACAGCUAUGCAAUAUCAGGUCAUGAACUCUCCGCCACCAAAAUUAGGACGUGAGCAGCGCUGCAGAAUAAAUAGGACAUCGUCUAGAACAGCGAUUCAUACCCCACACCCGCCUUUCCUCUGUUUGUGGGAGGAAUAAUGACACGUUAAGCGGAAAGGAAGAUUUCAGUUCUUCUCUGUUGACUAGCUAGACAAACGCGAGGAAAUAUGGAUAGGACAUGUAUACACAUAAAGGGAGAGUUCCUGUGCACCUUUUUGGUCGGGAUCGUCUUGGCGUCUAGCUCGAAGAGCAACGGCCAGCAGGGGGCUGUGGACAGGUAUUACGCAGCUUCUGGGCAGUUCUUCCAGCUGAAGCAUGGUGUUGCCCCUGGAAAGCUGGGUGGAAAUGUAACUUUUACCUGGGGCAGAGGUGCUCAUGGAAAUCUGGAUAGGACAUCAUCACGAGUCAGAAUCAUCAAUGGCUCCCUGUUCUUCUUACCUGUUCAUCUCUCAGACGAAGGAUACUACACAUGGAAAACAAGCAGUGAUGUCACAGGGGCAUGGACUGUGGAGAAGACAGUGUUCCUCUCUGUGGUGGGAGGGGCUUGUCCAGAACACAGUGACAUUAUCCCAGUCCAGAAGGGCACCACUGACAGCCUACACUGUGGGCUGCAGGAGAUCUUCACUUUAGAUAAGAGCACAGAAAUCAGCUGGCUGAAGGAUUGCAACCCUAUGAAUUUCCAUGAAAAGAAUAUCAGAAUCACCCACGUGAGUGACAAGGAUGAAGGAAAUUAUACCUGUUUAAUAAAUUUCACCUUUGAGGGGAAGAAGUUCAGUACUUCUUGGACGAUACAGCUGAGGCUUAAGGAUGACCCACCUUUGCUGGAACCCAAGGUGAUUCGCCCCCAGAAUGAAACCAUCAGAGUUAAACCAGGUGUGAAAGCAGAGCUGGACUGCAAAGUGUUUGUGGGCAUGAACAAGGAAAUAUUUGAUGAGACCAAUGUCUACUGGUUGGUCAACCACACCCUCAUUGAAAUUUACAGUCACCCCAUGAAGAAAGUAGAUGAAGAUUCUGAGGGGAUAUACAAGCUCUCCAGGCUGGUUAUUGAAGAGGUGCGGCCAGAGCUCUUCCAUGUGCCUUUCCAAUGCAUCGUCUGCAACAGCCUGGGCCAGGACAUGGGCGUGGCUCACCUGGCUCCAGUGGAUGACAGAAACCUCCACAUAUUUGUCUGUGCAGCUGUUCCUGUGAUUGUCAUCAUGGUAAUAAUUUACCAUCACUUCAAGGUUGACAUCACGCUGACAUAUUGGAGGCUCCGCCCCUUCAAGACGAUUGAGGAUGGGAAGCUGUAUGAUGCAUAUGUCAGCUGUGUCCACAAUGAAGCGCUGUGCUCCUUCCAGCUGGAGAACUUCUGCCUGCAGGUUCUGCCAGAGGUACUGGAGCAUUGCCAUGGCUAUAACCUGUUCAUCCGUGGCCGAGAUGACCUGCCUGGGGAAGCUGCUCCAGAUGUAAUUUCUGAAGCCAUUGGGAUGAGUCGGAGGCUGAUCAUUGUGGUUUCAGCCCACAGUCAUGGAGACCUGGAUGUUGAGGGUUCUGUGUUGUUGGGUCUAAAGUUGGGCCCAGGGAGGGAUAGGCAUGGAGACCAGCCUGAUUUGGAGCAGCAGAUCGGCCUCUACGAUGCCCUGGUGGAAGACAGGCUGCGGGUGAUCCUGGUAGAGAUUGGGAAGUGUGUUGAUUAUUCCCACUACCCAGAGUCCAUCCGCUACCUGAAGCAGAAACAAGGAGCCCUGAGGUAUAUACCCGGCAAUGGAGACCCCACAGCACCCCCUAACUGCCGAUUCUGGAAGUACUUCAGAUAUCACAUGCCACACAGGCCUGAAGGAAGCACCAGCACUAAAUCACUGCCCAGGCCCAACAGGCAGUUCUGCUUGUGAGAACCUCCAUGCUACCAUGUACACGAUUUUUCCCCCAGAUCUAGGGCAUCACUGCUGCUACAAAGCAGCAUGCAAAUCAACUGUGAUAAUGGGUUCCCAAGCACCUGCCCCCUUUGCCCCGUGUCCAAUGUGCCCCAUUCAUAAAAUAUUCAUAUUUGUAUUAUCAUUGUUGCUGUCAUUUAUUUUAAUUCAUUGGUAAAAUAUAUUCUGUACAAUAACUGUGUCAUAGAACAGUUUUCCUUGGUUUGUGGGCCCUUUUCUCACAUUGAGCAUCUGUUCUUCAGAAGGUCUCUGCAUGGCUCUGGACCUAACAUUACCUAAGAGGCAGUUAGGCAGGCUUACUUACCCAGCAGCCCCCACACCAGGUUCCACCUUCAACUUCAAUUUGAGGAAUUAAUGUAAUUCACUUGGAUACACAGUUAUAGUCACAACAUUUCCCAUAGAUUACAUGUACAGUAUACUUACCUGUAUGUAUUUUUCCUCAUGUUAAUUAGUUCAUGUAUUUUCUAUGAAAGUGAAUUAUUAGCAAUUUUUUUUUUUGGUUUAUUUAUAUUUCAUUUUAAAUUGUGGAUACCUUAUACUCAAUGCUUUGAUGCAUUCUGUUGGGGCAAGGUGAUUGACUUGACCUGGAAUAUUGCUGUGAAUCAGCAUUUUUAAAUUUAUGUUAAUGAACUGUGGUGUAACCACCAAUGAGGUAUGAUCUCACCUGAUAGGUAUGAUGCCCAAAGAUUGGUUCCACGUCAUUGGGUUUGGGUUAGGCUAGGUCCAGAAAUUCUGUAUUUUUUUCUGCCCACAACUGGUAAACUGUGGAGGGAGAUCAGAAGAUUCUGACAUUUUAUGAUCAAGAAUUUUAUGAUCAAAAAUGUGUUUACAUGGAAAAUGGUGAAAUACAUGAGACUGUAGUCUUAUGUCCAAAAUGAGUCAAAAGUGGCACCUAUUCCAAAAGGAGAGAUUUAAUUGAGGCUUUUAAAUUUAUUAAAGGGAUUAACGAAGGACGGAGUGUAGCACAGUGGGUAAGGCACUAGACUUGUAACCGAAAGGUCGCAGGUUCGAUGUCCGGGUAAGGACACUGCCGUUGUACCCUUGAGUAAGGUACUUAACCUGCAUUGCUUCAGUAUAUAUCCAGCUGUAUAAAUGGAUACAAUGUAAAAAAAAAAAUGCUAUGUAAAAGUUGUGUAAGUUGCUCUGGAUAAGAGCGUCUGCUAAAUGCCUGUAAUGUAAUGUAACAAAGUUAACUAUUCAAGUUGAAUUUGGUUAGCAGAACGAGUGGGCAUAAAUGGAAACUGGCAAAGGAUAAAUUUCACACAGACAUUAGGAAAUAUUCUUUCACAGAGUGUGGUCAAUGUGUGGAAUAGCUUGCCUGGACAUGUAGUGGAGGCAGAAACACUGGCGGUAUUCAAGGCCUGGCUUGAUACAUUGUUAGAUACUAUUUAGCUUUUAGGUAAACUAAGCAUUAAGUACAGCUUAGUGGUACGAAUACAUGAGCAGUGGUGAGCUGAAUGGUCUGUUCUCAUCAUACGUUAUGUUAUGUAAAUUGCAUUUUUGCUUUUUCAGCAAAAAAGAGAUAUUGUUGCAAAAUAUUGCAAAAAUCAUCAAAUUCUGUUCAUAAAUGUAGGAUGUUUUCAGGGUAUUUGUACCAGUACUGCAGCUUGAACCAUGUUUUCUUAACAUGUUAAGUGAGCAGGUUACAAGUCACUUCAUCAUACUUUCAUUUAUUCAAUACGUUUGUGCAAAAUGUGAAUCAUUUUAUAUUCUGAUAUUUUCCAAUACUUUUUCAAAAAAUGUGAAUUGGCACAUGUAUACUUUCCAUGCAUCAAUAUUUCAUAAAUAAGAAAAGCAAAUAA